UAAUAAAACAAGCUUAUCGUGCAUUCUGUUGGAAGCAAAGAACUCCGAUCUAAUGCAAGCAAGAUGACUUCUACGCAUCUAAGACUCAGUUUGUUUGUAGUAUGUUUAGUUGCAGUAAGUGUGAGCGGCGUCUCUGAUCCUGGGUUGUCCAAAUCCUGUGCGCACACAAGAUCCACAUUUGAGAGUAUCACACUCCAGGACCAGAACGGAGCAUCAAGAAGCCUCACUGGCCGUGUUUUCGAGGAGCUACAGUCAGCAAUGUCUUGCACCACAUGUCAGCUCAAGGAUACCUGCUGUUCCAAUGAUGCAGAGAAGUCAUUCAAAGACUACAUUGUGGACCACUAUAGAGACAAGAUGCUCUCAAAGCUCUCAAAUCCACUUAUGGCCUGCCAUAACCACUCUUUCUUUGAUGAGUUCAAGCUCUACUUCAGUGCCGCGAAGGACAACAUCGUUUCAUUGAUGCUGAGGGUGUACGGUAUCUACUUUCAAAACUAUCUUACCAUUUUCGACGAUUUCUUCGAGUACCUUCAGACAACAGUAGACACUGGCAACACUUGCAGACUCCCCGAGGAAUGGAAUGAGAUUUUCUACGAGUUGUUCCUGGCAGCCUAUUUCUCUAGUCCUAAUCUCGCCUCCCCGGCCGAUCAGCUUCCUACCACUGACGCGUUUAGAAACUGCUUUUAUCAGAUAUUCCUUGAUAGGAAAGGUGAAGAAGUCUCAAACACCCUGAGGGGAUUUCUCCGUUCCUACAACCAGACCAUGCGCUACAUGAGAGCUCUCAGAUCAUUGGAUAGAGUCAUUGUGUCCACUGUGGAUCUCCUACUUGGACAAGAGUGUCAGGACUCCAUUAUGAAGAUGACCCACUGCGCCAGUUGUGCUGGUUAUGUAGCCCCUACGUGCGAUGGUCUGUGUCUCAACGUCAUGCGAGGAUGUAUGGUCGACCUGAGUGACAUGUUCGAAGCACUUGACAACUACAGUGACGCUCUCGUCAGACUGCACUCAUCAAUCACCCGUGUAAAUGGACUGCACUAUUUCUUUUCGCAAAUGGAUCUUCUUGCGAGUAACUUUUUCUUGUUGGUUGGGGAUACUGCAGGGAGUGCUCGGGCCAUUGAACAAAUUGUGCUGUCAACUUGUGAUGCGAAUGGCCGCAGAACUAAGAGACAAGCUUCUUCUGGUAACACUCCACGAGUCCCUCGACAGAGUGUGGUUCCUCCCCUGGAUGCACUCAACAGCUCAGCCUACUGUAUAGCAGGAUCACUCUCUAGCUUGAAGACACUGCCUAAUGCUGUCUGUGGAGAUGUGCCCACAGAUAAAGCUGGAUGUUGGAAUGGAAACAGCGUUGGAAGUUAUGAACGUGCUGUUUUCGACUUUGAUCGCCAGUCUCAGAUCAAUAACCCAGAGAUGGUUAUCAAACGCAACCAGAGACAUUUUGAGCAGCAGAUAGCCAACCUCGAAGCAAUCACUCGUGAAAUGAACAUUCUGACCGGCAACCAUGAGUGUGCUUCCGACGAUGAAGACGAAAGCUGCACAGUUCCACCCACUUGUGAGUACUUUGAUAUUGUGGAUGCCCCGUAUACGGUACCAGAGGUUGCCUCCGGGUCCGGAUCAGGAGAGGGCAGUACUAGCAGUCCACGUGACACACCCACUGUUGACCCCUGUGCCCCCGUCACCACCACCGUCGCCAUCGAGGAUAUAACCACCACAGCAAGCGUGACCGUAUCUAGUGUGUCCACGGAUGCUCCCACCACACGUUCAACAACUAGAGUGAUAGUGAAUGAGAUCACUGAUGGCCCCAGCAUUGGAGGCCCAGGAGAGGGACAAACAAUGAGCCCCUUACCUGGCCCCAGCAUUGGAGGCCCAGGAGAGGGACAAACAGAGAGCCCCGUACCUUCCGUGGGUGGGUCUGCAGCAAGACUCACCUCCUCACUGAUGUUGGUCAUUCUUACCUUGUCUGUCUUGUUGUUAUAGUCAUAUAUCGCAUUGCCCAUGUACUGGUCUAAUCACACCUCAUAUUAUAAUGCACUUGUAAAAGACUGAACUGAACAUGUCUAACUAUUAUAUAGCAGUUUUCAUAUUAUUAUUUGACCCUUUUUCGCUCAUUCAAUUUCUGAACACCACUUUACAUACAUCUGUAUAUUCGCAAUAAUUAUAAUUAUCAUCAA